AUGGCAGCAGCAAAUAAUAACAGUACUAAAUCAUCAAAACAUAAGCCACUGAUUUGUUCAUCACAAAAAACUGCGAGCAUACUAUCAACUAUUAAAAAAUUCUUAUUAAGCCUUCGUAUCGAACAACAAUCAACAGUUGAAAAUUUCAUUAUUAUUUGGUUAGAUACCAAUAUAGAUAUACAUACUGAUGAAUAUAAUUCUAUUAAAAGUCAUUUUCAAAAUCUUGUACAUUUAAUAUUACCAUUCAAUGAUUCAGAUCGAUGUAUUGAUUUUAUUACUGAUACUAAAAAUGAAAAAAUCUUUCUAAUUAUGUCUGGUCUUCUUGGUCGAACACUUGCACCAGUAAUUCAUGAUUUUUCCCAAAUCGAUUCAAUUUAUAUCUAUUGCAAUAAUAGAGCUAGACAUGAAAAAUGGGCAGAUAAAGAAAAAAAAAUUAAAGGAGUUUUCCAAGAUAUUGGAUCUAUUUAUGAUGCAGUUCGGCGUGAUAAAAGACAAUGUGAAGAUAAUUUAAGUUCAUUUAGUAUCUUAUCAUCGACAUUUAAUAAAAAUAAAAAAUUAAAUCAACUCGACCAACUAUUUAUUUAUACACAUUUACUUAAAGACAUUUUAAUCGAAUUGGAAUAUAAACCGAAUACAAAAAUAGAUUUUGUUAAUUUUUGUUGUUCUAAAUAUCAAAAUAAUAAAUAUCAAUUAGAUAUAAUAAAAGAAUUUAAAAAUGAUUAUAAUCAAUCAUCAUCCAUAUGGUGGUAUACAAGAGAAUGUUUCAUUUCUUCAAUGUUAAAUAAAGCAUCUCGUAUUCAAAAUAUGGAUAUUCUAAUUAAUAUGGGCUUUUUUAUUCGAGAUAUCCAUCUAGAAAUUACAAGAUUAUCUUCAAAAUCGAAUAAUCAAAAUCGUUUAAUUGUUUAUCGAGGACAAGGUAUAUUAGAAGAAGAAUUUCACAAGAUUCUAGAAAAUCGAAAUGGUUUUCUUUCAUUUAAUAAUUUUCUCAUAACGACAACAGACAACGAUUUAUCAAAAAUAUAUGCUCGUUGUGCUCGAGAUAAUCAUGAAUUAAUAGGAGUUCUAUUUCAAAUUGAAAUCGAUCGAACAAAAUCAUUAUUUACACCAUUAGAUAAAAUUAGUUAUUAUUCACAAUCCGAAAAAGAAAUAUUAUUCACAACACAUACUAUAUUUCGAAUUCAUACUAUUGAUCAAAUUGAAAAUGGAUUAUGGCAAAUACAAUUAAAAUUAACAACUAAUGAAAAUGAACAAUUAAAAUAUUUUAAACAUUCAUUAAGAAAGGAAAUUGAAAAUAAAACUGGACCAGAACGAUUAAAUAUAUUAAUGACUAAAUUACAAAUGUUUCAUGGAUCGAAAUCAAUUGAAAAAGCACAAUCGACAGAGAUGGAAUUCGAACAACACGUUCAUGAAAAUGUCUAUCACAAGCAAACUAAGAAAACAAGCCAAUCGACGGUUAAUAAUAAAAUGGAACAACCUGUUAAAGAAAGUCUCUGUCACGAACCAACUGAGAAAACAGGUCAAUUGAUGGCUAAUAGUGAAACCAAACAAAACGUUGAUGAAAAUGUUUAUCAGAGGCCAACUACGGGAACAAGUCAAUCGACGGCUAUUGAUAAAAUCGAACAACUUGUUGAAGAAAAUGCCUGUCAUGCGCAAACUAGGAAAAAAAGUGAAUUGGUGGCUAAUGAUGAAAUCGAAGAACAUGUGGAAGGAAAAAUCCGUUAUGAGCAAACUAACGAAAUGAGUCAAUCGACGGCUACUGAGAACAUCGAACAAUCCUUUAAAGAAAAUGUCUGCGACGAGCAAACUAAUGAAAUAAGUCAAUUGACGGCUAAUAGUGAAACCAAACAAAACGUUGAUGAAAAUGUUUAUCACAGGCCAACUACGGGAACAAGUCAAUCGACGGCUAUUGAUAAAAUCGAACAACCUGUGGAAGUAAAAAUCCAUCAUGAGAAAAGUAAUGAAACAAGCCAAUUGACGGCUAAUAGUGAAACCAAACAAAACGUUGGUGAAAAUGUUUAUCCCGAGCAAACUAAGGAAACAAGUCAAUCGUUGUUUAGUGAUGAAAUUAAACUGGAACAUUCUCCUGUCGUUACUGAUGUGAUAGGUGAGCAGCCAGUGAAUCGAUUACAGAGUGCUUCUGAUGUAUAA